AUGCGGCAGGUGACGGUAUGGCUGUUCGCGUUCUCAGCCAUACGAACGGCGACGGCCGAAUGCGCCGAUCGGCACAUAUUUUCGGACCGACCAAGUACAGGAACACUCGAAUCGCCGGCGUUUCCAACACCGUAUCGAUCGGAUCUCUCGUGCCUCUAUAACAUAUCAACCGUGCCCUCCAACGUUAUACACCUCACAUUUCUGUCAUUUGAUCUAGCCGAAAAUAACAGGAACAGUGGACAGUGCCUCGAAGCGUAUGUGCUGGUGAUCGUCGUUGAUCGUCUAGGUAAGGAACAUAUCGGCAGUCGUCUAUGUGGCAACAGUCUGCCACCAAAGAUCGUGACGAUGCAGCCGACCAUCUACGUGCAGUUCGUCACCACUGCACCAGGACGUCAACAUCGUGGGUUUCGCCUGCGCUAUGAUAUCAUCUAUGAGGGUGUCAUCAAGGAACCACCAUCGUAUCUCCCAGAUGAAGAAAAGGAAUUCAAAAGCGAAUGUGGCGGUGCGACAAAUCCUGGUCAAUUGACGGGUACGUCACAUUUUCGGGUACGGUUCGGGUCGGGAGGGGUAACUCACAUUUCCGGUGGUUCCUUUCCUGCAUGA